GAUGAGCAUAGUGAGCAGGGGGCACCGCCCCCGGUAAUCAUGAUUACUGUACUGGGUUUCACAGAAGGUUUAAAUUACAAAGGGUCUAGUUUUAGGCUUUCUCCAGUGUAAAUCUGUAGCUGCUCUAUUUACUGUGAAUUUAUACUGGUGCAAUGAAGAACUGAGCCAAGGAUAUUAGGUGUUUGGUAUUUUGAUCCUCAGCUGUGAAUGUGUGAAUUAGUUAUGCCCAGAAGUGAUCUCUUCCCCCUUAUCUUCAGACAAUCAAUCUUAAAAAAAUGAAUUUUCCAUUCCAAACAUUUAGCAGUUCAUCUAAGAAAAUGGCCUCUGCAGGGUCCUUACAUUUACAUAAAAGGACUAUUAUGGGACCUUACGGAAUCAAUCGAGCUGUUCAUCGCAUUACUUUUUCUGACUGUCAAAAUGGAUUAGGAAUUAAGAUUAUUGGAGGUUAUCGGGAGCAAACAGAAGAAGAUUAUGGAAUUUUCAUAAAGAAAAUUUUGCCUGGAGGGAUGGCUGCUAUAGAUAACCGAUUGUUCACUGGAGACCUAAUUUUAGAUGUCAAUGGAGAAAAUUUAGUUGGCGUAACCAGUGAAAGAGCUGUUGAUAUUUUGCGAAUGGCAUCAGCAACUAACCAUGUAUCUUUACUGGUUGCUCGAGAUGAAGAAGCAAAGAAAGAAUUUCUAGACCUGAUGGAUAAAUAUGGAUCAUGCAGUAACACAGAGUCUGCAAGAUGUUCACCAACACAACUGGUAGCUGGAAAACCUGUUGACUGCCUUUCUUCUGGAUCAUCCUCAAGUUUACAAAGUCCUCAGCUUCUGCAACCAAAGGAUAUCAUCAUCAGCUAUAAUGGAAAUAAUUCUCUUACCACAGCAUCGCCACAGCUCACAAAUGAUAGUGUAUUUCAGAUUAUCACUGUUUCCAAGGGAACAGGCUUAGGUUUGAACAUUGUGGGAGGAAUUAACAGAAAUGAAGGCCCGUUGGUGUAUAUUCAAGAAGUUAUCCCUGGAGGUGACUGUCAUAAGGAUGGACGACUGAAGCCUGGAGACCAAAUUGUAUCCAUAAACAAGGAAUCAAUGAUUGGUGUCUCCUAUGAAGAAGCAAAAAGUAUAAUCAACAGAGCAAAGCUUAGAUCUGAAUCUGCCUGGGAGAUUGCUUUUAUCAGACAAAGAGUUUUUCCCACUUACUCAGAAAAUCCUCAAAGUCCUUGCAGUCUCUUGACAUCUUCUGCUGGGUGUGGACAGCAACAGCCGCUACUAGCAUUUAAUUGUCUUUCACGUCCUAAGGAGAAUCCCACUCCAAAGAUGUCCACACCUUACACUAUUAAAACUAAAUUCAAGAAGAGAGACAAAUCUCCAAUUACUUCUACAGACAGCAGCCCUGCUGAUGUGUCUGCCACUGCUGUUGCUUCCAACUGGACUGAUGAUUAUGGACCUCAAGAAAGGAAGUUUUCUCUGAGCCCCACUGUUCGUCUCAAAUCAGAGAAACUAGAGAUGGCACUAAAUUAUCUCGGGAUUCAGCCCACAGAUGAACAGCACCAAAUCCUGAGGCACCAACUACAGAAAGAUUCUAAAGGGACAGUAUCUUUUGGAGAUUUUGUUCAGGUUGCAAGAAAUCUGUUUUGCUUGCAAUUGGAUGAAGCAGGUGGUGACCAAAGACGUAUAACAUUUGGUGCCAGUGAAAUUGCCAAUUUAUUAGAUUCACAGCUUGUAUCCUGUGAUUCUUUGGAAAUGGAUGAUGUGGAAAGACUUAAAAGAGAAAGAAAUGAAGUUUUAAAAGAAAUAAGUAAAUUAAAGGAAGAAUUGUCUGAAUCUGUAGGUCUACGAAAACAGUUAACAGAGGAGCUACAAACUGUGAAACAAGAAGCCAAGGCAGCAGUGGAAGAGGCAAGAGCCCUGCGAAGUAGGAUUCAUCUCGCAGAAGCUGCUCAGAGGCAGGCUCGUGGAAUGGAAAUGGAUUAUGAAGAAAUAAUCCGCCUAUUAGAGGCUGAAAUUACAGAGCUGAAGGCUCAGCUCACCGAUCAUUCUGGCCAAAAUAAAGAUAGCAUUCAAGAUCUAAGAAAGAGAAUCACUGUGCUUGACUGCCAACUGCGGAAAUCAGAAUUGGCUAGGAAAACCUUUGAGGUGGCCACUGAAAAAUUGCUACAGUUUGUAGAGAUUGUGCAUGAAGUACUAUCAGACUCUAUCUCCUUAUCAGCUUCAAGUGACCAGAGAGCCACAUUAUCUACCAAAACACUCCUUGCACGACUGGGAAGGAAUGGCCGUACUGUCACAGCAGCCCUUUCAUCAGAAGCCAAAGAUCUUACUAAAUCUGUCCGUGCCAUUCUGGAAGUAGAUUGCUUACCUUAUGGAUGGGAAGAAUCUUAUACAGCAGAUGGAAUCAAGUAUUUUAUCAACCAUGUAACACAGACUACAUCAUGGAUCCAUCCUGUGACCAGUGCACUGAGCUUGUCCUGCUCCGAGGAGAAUGAGGAAGACCACACCAGAGAGCUUCCAGACCCCAAGAGCUGAGUCUGGCCGGUGGUGGAGAGCAGUUUUAGUCUCAUAUUAGUACCUGAAUAAGAAGAUGUACAUCUGCCAAUUGGCUGAUGUAAUAGCACCUGAUCUUACUCCCAUUGAAGUCAAUAGAAGCUUUACCACUGAUUUAGGCAGGAUCAUUUUCAAGGCUGACAUUCACCCUUGCAGAAUUUCCACUUAAAGACGUAUGUGGUUCACAGGACCUGGACAAGUUCUGUGCACAGGGAUCCCUCUCACCCUAGGCCCAUAGGAUUUGAUCCUGACCUUUCACCACUGACACACUAGUAUAAAUUCACCGGCCAGAAUGAAGUUUGCCUGCCAUGAGUAUGGGUGCGGUGAGUGUCAUUCUCAGUGACUUCAGGCUGCUUGUAGAGCUUUCUUACCAGUGCUAGCAGUUGUAACAGAAAUGCCUUUGCUGUCAUUACUGAGUUAGCCUGAAUUUUAUUACAAAAAGAAACUUUCCAUGUAUUUUUCUAGCAAAAGUUUGACAGCUUGUUAAAAGUGUUGCUGCCCAGAUUACUUUAUUAUAACUAAUUGUAGGAUUAAUAGUAGGGUUUAGGAAGACAAGACCUUGAUAAAUUGUCGAGGCUGAAGACAGUUGUGGUUAAGAGCGCCAUACGCCAUAAUCAUGCAAUGAAAUUAUUUCACUUUUGUAUUCUGCUACACCUAUAGACACAUGCAAAUAUUUCGGUAGGAGCUGUGAAGUUUCAAGUACAGUGAGACCUGCGAAAGCACCUCUGGGAUCAGCAGAAUUCAGACACCUCCUCAAAGUGGGUCUUCAAGUACAUGCAAAACAAAAUCCUUCUGGAGAGCUUGAGACUGAUUUAAAGGGCUUACACAAGGGGAGGUACUUGGUCCUGCUGAGAAGGCAGGUGACUGGACUUGAUGACCUUUCAAGGUCCCUUCCAGUUCUAGGAGAUAGGCAAUCUCCAUUAUUAAAAAAAAAAAAAAAAAAGAGGUGUUGCUGAGGGCCUGCAAACGGGGCUCACUGUACAUCAGCAGCACGAGAUAUUUUAAGAUAAUGUUACACUCAGCACAAAAGCUGACAUCAUCUUUGAGUGUCUGAUUCCACACUAGGUCACUCUAAAGUCUCUCCUCUUUUUGUACCUGUGACGGUGGCAGGGAGUGAUGAACAAAUGAAAGAAGGAACACUAGAAGCACUGAUGAAUAUACCAAAGAAAUACAGUCGUUCAGACCAAGCAGUGACACUCUGUUUUAAGGGGUGAGGAGGUCACAGGCUACAGCCUGAACUCUUUUGGUGAGCAUACAAAGGAGUGUGGCAUACUGAAUAGGUGCCGCAACCAGUCUUCCACAGCCCAGUUGAGUGCCACUGGUCAAAUCAAAGCCAUGUCCCCAUCUGUCUCCCCCUUGGGAAUGUCUGACAAGUGGGGUCGGGCACUAGGUUUACAAGUCUUUGCAGAUCAUUGCAUCUAUCGCAUUUCUUCUCUACUCUAGUGUUGUCUCAGCAGUCACAGAAACUACCAAAGCUCACAUUCUACAGCACCGAGACUGUGUUUUGAAACCUGGGAUAUCCAAAUGUUCUCGUCUAUUUUUGUACACUGGCAUACUGGUUUCCUAGGUUUCUCUCUCUCUCUCAGAAGCAGUUUGCAAAACAAUUUUGAUUACACUGAAUCCUGUAAAGUGGGAAAACGGCUCUGGAAUAAUGUAAUGAGACUUUGUAAGGAGCAGUUGUCAAAACAUACAACUCGGUAAUGGCUGUGUUACAUUUUAGUGCACAAUGAAAUGUACCAACUGGCAGAGUCAUGGAAAUACAACUUUUUGUAUCUGUUAAAAGAGUGAAACAACGGCUUGGCCAGAAAACAGAUAUUGGAGCACUUCAGUGGCUUCAUAUACCUCUUAUUUUCUAUGUACAGUUUGACACCAUUAUAAACAGGCUUCAGCAGCAGUGGUAUUUACCUUUACAAUUGUACCAGUAUUACAGCGCACGCUUCAAAUUGGAAAUGCUGAAAAUACCAGUAUUAGCAGCUCAAGAAUUCCAGUGACUAGAACCAACAGGCAGAUUAGACAUGAAGGUCAAUGUUAUUUAGGAUGUAAAAUCCCGUUUAUUUGGUUAACUGGUUAAGCAUAUUGUGAGGCCUGGCUGGAGUGGCUCCAUCCACAGUGGGCCCACGUUGGGGCUGGAGCAGCCCCCUAUCCAUGACAGGCAGGAACCUGCUCCACCCCCCCAUCAGUUAACCUUAACUGGUAAGCCUCACCUAUGAAGGGUGAAGCUUACUGGUUAACUGGUUAAACAGUCACAUCCCUAGGGUGAACCCACCAACACAAGGCCUGUGUACCACAUAGACUCACAAGGGCCCAAUCCUGCAGGACUAAAGUCAGUGGGAAUUUUGCUGUAGAUUUGGGGGGGAGGAGUUACCCUCUGGCGCGUUGCCUGGGAGCCAGAGCCAUGCAAUCCCUUUCAAUUGCUUCUAUUUAAAGGGCUCACACUUUCCCCGUGGCUGGCAGGCCACAACCCCAGGGCAGGCGCAAGCCCUUUAAAUAGAAACAGUUGAAAGGGCUCGCGUGUCCCUGGCUCCCAGGUAACACACUAGCAGCAAGGCUGGGAGCCGCAAGCCCUUUAAAUAGCAGGAAUUGAAAGGGCUCGCAGCUCCUGUCUCUGGCUAAUGUGCAUGGGAGCUGCAGAGGAGGCGGGAGCCCUUUCAACUCCUUCUAUUUAAAGACCUGCCCCUUCGGUCUGAGGCCCCACCCCUUCCGGGGCAGCCUGUCACCUCGAAAAUUAUUGCCCACCCCUGCCAUGGAUCAAUUUCACCAUAACUUCUUACUUAAGUAAAGCAGUUCUCAAAGGACGUCCCUGCUCACAGACGGCUUGAGAAAGCCCUUUGUACUAUCGUAAACAAAUGGAGCAGAUGGCUACUCUUCGUUGUGUUUCUACCCUCCCCCCUUUACCCUUUUUAGCACUAUGGAGCUCUGAUGCGUCUUUCCCAAUAAAGACCUCAGUGAUAUAAA